AUGGGCUCUGAGCUGGGCCUCACGGCCGACUCCAAGCCCGCGGCCAGACUCAAUGGCAUCGGAAUAUGGUGGAUCUGCUGGGCUACUGGAUGGACGUUGCUACUGCUCUGGGGUAUGGGCUUUCUCAUCUACCAGCGCCAUAUGCCGAUGCUGAGGAUAAGGGGCAUCAGUCUAUCGCUCUCAGCCAUCUCACUGCUCCAUCUCUACUGGAUAUCUGUGCAACUUGGGUACGUCCUAGGGCCACUCUAUCCUGGGGAUACGCAGUAUUGGAUCAUGGGCACAUACCUGCCUCUAGGCAUUGGCCUGUUCCACGCUUCAAACACCCGCUUUCUCCACGUUGCACAACGCCAGAAGCAAUACAUUGACCGGGCCGAUACUCUCAACGCCUCGACUGCGGGCAAGGUCACCAACAAGGGCGGUAUUAUCAGCAAAUUUCGCAGACUCAAUCACACUACCAAGGUUGUCGUUUUGGUCGGCUCUGGAAUGUUCUUCCAGCUAUUCAUGGCAGUCUUCAUGUUUCUCAUCUCCCGCAAAUGGCAUAGCUCAUGGGGCAUCCCAGGCACUGAAGUUCAUGGCACGGAAAUGGAGCAAAAGGUCCAAAUGGGCAGGGGAUGGGAAUGGUGGCCCUCUGUCUUGUGGCUGUUCUUCUGGGCCUGGAUUGUUGCGCCUUUCACGCUGUGGCGUGCACGAGAUAUUCGCGACACCCAAGGAUGGCGAACUCAGACCAUUUGGUGUGCGAUUUCCGGGCUUCAUGCAGCGCCCAUGUGGCUUGUUGCUCUUUAUGUCCCAGGGAUGGAAGCAAUUAAUCACCAUUGGAUUCCUCCUCAGUGGAUUGCCGUAUCAAUUUGGUUGAUGGAAAUAUUUACCGUCUUCCUCCCGUGUUGGGAAGUCUUGUGCCAUCAGACCCUCUGUCAAGAGACGCUGAACACGAUUGAGCAGUGGGAAAAUAACAAGACAGGUCUGGGCAAGGCCAUCAGAUCUUUCAAGUCUAAGUCGACAGUGAUAGAGUCCAUCAAGACCGGGUGGAGAUCGACCAAUAGUUCCAUCCAGACGUCUUCCGUUGAGUCAAUCCUGACGCUGAGUGCUCUCGAGUACGUGCUGGAGAGGAAUCCCAAGCCUUUACAGCAAUUUUCAGCCUUAAGGGACUUCUCUGGGGAGAAUAUUGCAUUUUUAACAAGCGUUGGAGAAUGGAAGUCCUCAUUCCCUGUUUCGGUUCGCAGUCGCAGCGGCGUUAUGGCUGAGGACAUAAAGCGAGACCUAGUCCGAGAGCGAUUUAAUCGUGCUCUGCGGAUCUAUACCGAGUACAUCAGCACAAGCGACGCCGCAUUUCCGAUCAAUAUCUCAUCCGUCGAGUUGAAGAAACUCGAGUCCAUCUUUGAGGAGCCCGCGCGGUCCAUGUAUGGCGAAAAGCAAGCAGUCAAUCCUGCAACUCCUUUCAACUGCCCCGAAUGGAAGAAGCCCAGCUCUGUAGCUUCAUGCUGUGAGGCUCCGAGGUCGGAUUCUGAAAAGGACAGUGUUGCUGGCGAUUGCGUCCAGUACUGGGGCGAGAUUCCGGACGAGUUCGACCACGGCGUUUUUGAUGAUGCAGAGAAGAGCAUAAAGUAUCUGGUUCUAACAAAUACUUGGCCCAAGUUUGUUCGGGAUCGACGAGAUUCCAUGGAAUCCUUCGAGAAUGCCGGGAGCACCGAAGCCGGCAGCUCAAUGUGCUUCCCCCUCCCAUGUAAGCAGUAG